UCCUUUAGCAAAGUGGACUCAGUGUGCAACCAGCAAAAUGAUGUUGUCUUUGUGUUGCAGAUGCACCACCCCAUCCAGAUGAAGCCUGCGGACAGUGAGAAGUCGAACGCGGUGGAAGACAGGAAGCUGUUCAUCGGCAUGGUGUCCAAGAAGUGCAACGAGAACGACAUCCGGGUCAUGUUCUCGGCGUUCGGGCAGAUCGAGGAGUGCCGGAUCCUGCGAGGACCCGACGGGCUGAGCAGAGGAUGUGCGUUUGUCACCUUUUCCACCCGAGCGAUGGCACAGAAUGCCAUCAAAGCCAUGCACCAGUCUCAGACCAUGGAGAGCUGCUCGUCUCCCAUCGUGGUGAAGUUUGCCGACACGCAGAAGGACAAAGAGCAGCGGCGCCUGCAGCAGCAGCUGGCCCAGCAGAUGCAGCAGCUCAACAGCGCCACCACCUGGGGCAGCCUGACGGGCCUGGGCGGUCUAACCCCGCAGUACCUGGCGUUGCUCCAGCAGGCCACGUCCUCCAGCAACCUGGGGGCCUUCAGCGGCAUCCAGCAGAUGGCCGAAUGUAGUAUGGACCACAGGACAGGACGAAGAAGUCCCGUUAAGAAACAGUGGAGGCUUAAGAUGCUCUACUAG